GGCAGCGUUGCUGACUCGUCUUCAUAAGAGAAGAAGCAGGAGAAACCAGCAGGCGGCACCGGGCCAUCGCGCCACAUGAACCCGGUUCCUUAUUUAUUUUUCCACCUCUUUUUUUCCCCUCUCAUCGUCAUCGGAUUGUUUAUUUGUUAGAUUCGGGACCCAGGCUGGAUUGUAUUGUUGAAAAGGUGGCAGCGAUCUUCCUUCCUCCUCAGCAGCACAGCAGCUAACGCCGACAUCUUCUCAUCGAGCGCUGGCGACGCUGACAAGAGGAGCACAUGAGGAGCGGAGUGACAGCAGCAUCCUGACCAGUCACCUCUGCACCUAUCCCCCCCCCCCAACAAGAGGGCCUUAGAAGGAAGGAAGGAAGCCAGUGACCACUCCUCCUACAGGCAUGAGGUCCUUCCGCUCCUUCAGCAAUGACGACCGCCACGUCAUGGCCAAACACUCCACCAUCUACCCGUCCUCCCAUGAUCUGGAGGCCGUCCAGACGCUGGUAUCCAACGUGGAGUGCGCCCUCAAGCACGUCUCGGACUGGCUGGAUCAGACCGGCUCGGAGGUCCACAGCCAACCAGCGGGCGGCACGGAGCAGGAGGAGGCGGAGGGGGAGGAGGAGGCCGGCGACGAAGCCGAGGGGUCCGGCGAUGGCUACAGGGAGGCCAGCGGCGGCAGGGUGCUGUGCGGCGUGAUGAGAAUCGGCCUGGUGGCCAAAGGCCUCCUGAUCAAAGGCGACAUGGACCUGGAGCUGGUGUUGAUGUGCAGAGACAAACCCACACACACGCUGCUGGACACCGUCUGCCACAAUCUACCACAGCAGAUAGAGAAGCUGACAGAGGAGAAAUACGAGGUCACCAGCUCCUCGCCCGAGGCGGCCAUCCUGGUGCGGACCACGGCGCAGCCCCAACUCGCUCUGAAGAUCACCCUCACCUCGCCCGCCAUGAGAGAUGGCGACGAGGAGGAUGAAGAGGAGGAGGAGGAGGAGGAGGAGGGAGAAGAGGAGCAGCAGCAGCACGAGGAGGACGAGGAGGAGGAAGGGGAAGAAGGCGGGGAAGACGUGGCGUUAGAUGGAGUGGAAGAGGAAGAGCAGGAGGAAGAGGAGGAGGAGCAGGAGGAGAAGAGGAACGGCCACGUGUUGGCUGCUGCUGCUGCUGCACACAGAGUGGAGGCUGAGGAGGAGGAGGAGGAGGAAGAGGGAGAGGUGCUGGAUAGACACAGAUGUCUGUUGGCCCUGGCAGCGCUGCGACACGCCAAGUGGUUCCAGGCUCGCGUGAACGGACUCAAGUCCUGCGUGAUCGUUCUCAGGAUACUCCGAGACAUGUGCAAUAGACAGCCCACCUGGGAGCCCCUUAACGGAUGGCCCUUGGAGCUGAUCUGCGAGAAGGCCAUCGCCACCUGCAACAGACCCCUUGGGGCGGGGGAAGCCCUGCGUCGGGUCAUGGAGUGUCUCGCCUCGGGCAUCUUGCUACCCGGUGGUCCGGGUUUACACGACCCGUGUGAGAAAGAAGCUACAAACACAUUAGCCAACAUGACGGAUGAGCAGGCCGAGGCCAUUACCUACAGCGCACAGCACGCUCUCAGGCUCAUGGCGUUUGGACAGAUCUGCAAAGUGUUGGAGAUGGAGCCUCUUCCUUCAAAUAAACCCUUGCACAAGUACCCCUGGUGUGAUAAAGAAGGCUUGGGUCUGAAGAGGCCGUACGAGGAUGGGAUGAUGGACGACAAGGACCUCAUCAAGAAGAUGAAGAGGAAUCUGAGAAAAGUUCUAGACAGCAAAGCCAUAGACUCCAACCAGCCAAUGAACGCGCUCAUGCGCUUGAACCAGAUCCGUCCAGGUCUGCAAUAUCGCCUGCUGUCCCAGUCGGGCCCGGUUCACGCUCCCGUCUUCACCAUGUCCGUGGACCUGGACGGGACCGUCUACGAAGCAUCAGGGUCCUCGAAGAAGACGGCCAAGCUUCACGUGGCUGUCAAGGUUCUCCAGGCGAUGGGUUACCCCACCGGGUUCGACUCCGACCUGGACCCCAUGAGCUCGGAUGAGAAAUCGGACGGCGAGGGCAAGAGCGAGACGUCCUCGCACACCAGCAAUAACGCCACGCACUCCUCAGACAGCUCCAACACGCUGGAGGUGCGAACUCAGGGCCCAAUACUGACGGCGAGCGGGAAGAACCCGGUCAUGGAGCUGAACGAGAAGCGACGAGGCCUCAAAUAUGAGCUCAUCUCGGAAAGCGGCGGCAGCCACGAUAAGCGCUUUGUCAUGGAGGUGGAAGUCGACGGGCAGAAAUUUCGGGGGGCGGGCCCCAACAAAAAGGUAGCAAAGGCCAGCGCUGCCCUGGCCGCCUUGGAAAAACUCUUCUCGGGUCCCAACGCCGCCGCCAACAAGAAGAAGAAGCUGCUGCCUCAGACGAAAGGAGCCUUGGCGGCGGCGGCGGCAGCCUCGGCCGUGGCCGCCCAGGUCGCCAGAGGAAGAGGAAGAGCCGCAUUGGCACGGGGAGCCUUCGUCAGCGCCGCCGCGCCGGGAUACGUGACGCCAGCAGGAUUCGGGACGCCGUACGGCUACAGCCCCGCUGCCGCCGCCGCCGCCGCCGCCGCUGCAGCCGCUGCUCCCGCUUACGGAGGUCUUUUCAUUGACAAUCCCUUCUACCAGCCGCGCACCAUCGCGCCGUUCAUCAUCCAUCUUGGCCCCCAGGAUCUCUUCUCUGACUUCUAGAGGGUUUUUUUUUUCCUUGGACCCCCCCACCCCCCCACCCAAACCUCAAACUAUCUCGCCUCGUCUUUUUCUCUCUUUUUUUUUUUUUUGGCGUUUCUGUUCUUGCUGCUGCCCUCGUCUUCUUCUAUAACUCGUUCUCAUGCCAAGAUGGCGGUUGCUACAUGGGGGGGGGGGUGCGUACACAAAAGCAAUACUUGAGAGACAAGCUGGACGGGGGUGGGGCGGGCUGCUCUUUUCUAGCAAUACACUCUUGGGAAGAAUGUCCUCCACGUGGCGUUGCAAUAGCUCGUCUUGAUUGUAUCUCCAUGAUAUAUACGCUACAUAUACUGUAUGCUGUACUGUAUACUGUACUGUAUAUGUGUGUGUGUGUACGUAUGACACAUAUACUGCUAUAAAAACACACUAGCGUGUACUUAUGUAAAUACACUAUAAAGGAUAACUUAUUGUUCUAUUUUAGGAUGAUACUAUCACUUAGCUUUCUUCCAGUUUUCUAUAAACACACACGCUAGACGUAGGAGAAUACUAUAUAUAUACGAAAUAUAUAUAUAUAUAUAACUUUAAUAUUAUUACAGUACUAUUACUCCUAGACUCUCCCUCCUUUCCUUCCUUCCUUUUUCUCAACCAAUCACACUCACUUCCUGUCAGAAAGCACAUGUUUUAAAAAUGCCUCACUGCUGGCAGGGAUGUGACGAACGUGUGUGUGCGUGUGCAUGUGCGUGUGUGUAUAAUAACGCAUAUUGCACAUAACUUACAGUCCCGGGUGGGGCUGUACUACCGCAGAAACUGGCUUCCCAGCAUCCCAACUGCACUUUGACACACAAUUCAGAGUCGUACUUUAUUUUGAAAAACUCCCCGGAUUUACUGCCACGUACACUCGCUGGCAAAAAGUCGGUGAGCACUUUUUAUGACCGUACAUCCCCUCACGGGACGGUAGCGUAGAAAAGAAAGGUGCUUUCGAGUAGUCUGUGUGCAGCUGGCCUGGCAGGGUAAGAUGCACUAACCACUGAAAGUGAGUCACUCGACAUAACCUGAGCGUGUGGAGAUGAUAAUGUCUCGCCUGGUCACAUGUCACGGCCCGGGGCUGCAUGAGUGCUGCCGGCCGGCAUUGGGGGAGCUGCGGCUCGUUGAGGAAGCGGAAAGCGGGCCGCAUGGCAGUUUUCCAACAUGAUAACAAGCCCGAGGAUGUCGACUCAUUGUCAGUACAACUUUACUGCUGCACAAGCUGUACACUGACUACUCCAAAGUGUGUCCACGUUUACCGUCCAUAGUGCUGCCCUUCACGAGAUGUAAUCACAUCCUGUAGCUGCAGUGCGGCCAUCCGUCAGUGAAAUAUGUUCAAAGUGAAGUGGCCCCCCCGUGCUCUCUCCAGAUGGUCCGCAUUAAUGAGGAAGACCUUCACAUUUCCCUCAGUCGCACAGGAAGAGUCACCCUGGCCACACACACACACACACACACACACACACACACACACACACACACACACACACACACAGAGUUUCCAGGUCUGUCGGCCCGCGGGUCUGCCUUGAGAGGACGGGGGGGGCGAUGGUGAAAUGUCAGCACGAUGUUGAGGCUGGGAAAAAAAGAGGGGAGCAGGAGGAGGAGGAGGAGGUUUCGUGCUGUGCUCAUGCACUCGCUGGAGCAACAGCGCCUCUGCUGCUUGCAGCCAAGUACUGCGCUCCAGCUUCCAGUUCCCCUCAUUUUGCCGCAAAAGUUGCCAUUAUUCCAAACAGUCACAGCGGGAAUGUGAACACAACGUUCCCAGGCCGCUAAAUGACGAGCGGCAGUGGGGUUUCCUUCGCCGUGGAUUCGCUUUUCCUUGAAAAGUUUCACUGAAGUUUGGCCAGUUUUCGUCGAAUAUUGCACGCAAUUCCAAGGCCCCUGACUGACAGGGGGGUUAGUUAAAAGUACGGGUGCACCGAUACAUCUGAUAAUCAUCCAUCGUACCGAUAACAUUAAAAAUAGCUAAUAACCGAUCAUUUUAAAAAAGAGACAUUUCGCAUGCUAGUUGUACCAUAUGCUCCACGAUGGGGGUGGGGGGAGGCGACCCCAUCGAGCACACAGGAAACCUCAUCAGCCAGCUGGUUUGCCAGCACGGCGGCGUUUGAAAAGUGCUAAAGGUUUGCCAGAGACCUCCGUAGCGCCACUGCAGCUGCUCUGAGCGUGUGCCCGAGUACAGUGCACCUUGCUGGGCCACAGCAGGUGGCUCCUCCCCCUCUGUACUCUGGUUCCCCUGAUGGUAGUGACGUGCUCGUAGCCAUGUCAUGAUAUUUGAUGAGGACAGAUCAACAGGUACAGUUGGUCAAAUCCUCAUUUGUCCCAGUCCUCCUUUCCUCCAGGUGAGCACAAACCACACUUACGUCGACAUUUUUAUCAAAUAGAUCGUUAGUGCUUAUUUGGAUCUUAUUGGUCUUGAGAAGCAGAAAGUCGUCGGUAUUGGUUUGAAAAAAAAACAGAACGAUAUCGUGCAUCUCUGGUUAUGUGGGGCCCAAAGUGAAAUUUUCAUAUCCCUGGCGGCACCCCAGCGCGUAACAAAGUAGCGUAAUGAACGCGUCCGUGGAAUGGAGUGCCCGAGCAAAGCUCCCUACAUGCUGCUGACUCGUCGUCGGUGCGUUUGUUUGUUUUUUGUUUUAUUGUGUGCAACUUGUAAAUCACCUGCCAUGGGGCCAACGGAAGUUGCGAGUUUGACGCAGAAACACAAUUCAAUUCACUCUCGUAUCAACAAGUUCCACUCGUUCCUCGUGUAUCGUUAUUCCACAUUGUUCCUGCACGUAGAGCUAGAAUGAUUCUCUCUAAAAUGUAUUUUAAGGUGUGUGGAAAAAAUGAAUUGGACUUACAAGAUUUCCUGUGGGAAAAAUUGCCUCAGUUUUUGUACGUUUCGGUUUUCGUUGGACCUUUUGGAAGAAAUGAACGACACAAAGCCAGGUGGUACUGUAACUUACUCGUAACAUGGUCACAUUUGGUGUGAAUCCUGGUAAAAAAUACCCCAAAGCAUGCUCAGUGCUGCACAGCGGUGACUUCUGAAAUGUUUUAUUUACUAUAAUUAUGCCGGAUAAGCACCGGUUGUUGACCAUUUUAGGUUUUCGGAUGCCAUUUUUCCUUGUUUUUUGCUGUGUUUUCAAAUUGCGUCAACAUAAUGACACAUAGAUAUAUAAAAAUAAAUAAAUAAAUAAAGAAAUGAAUUUUAAAAAGCACAAUGGAACCACACGCAACGCUCAGGGCUCGCUAGCAUACGCAAAUACGCAGUUUUGGCAUCAAGGAAGUUUUAAAGCAUUCAUUGCACUAGCUUGCUGCCUAAACGGGCUGCGGAAGAUAAAACGUCAGAGCUUGAUGUAAAUAUUGAACACAGCAGCUAGCAUGACAGACAGGAAUCAUUGAUUCUGCUAAUGUUUAUCUGCAUGCCUUUCUAAUAUUCUUACUUUCUAUAUUAGCUAAUAUUAUGAUUACGUGUUCCCAUAAUAUUUGGACUUAAUUCCCAUAAUAUGAUGACUUUUUAUGCCAAAAUGACAACUUCUUUGUUUUGUUUCUUAUAAUUUUAGGACUUAAAAGAUUUUUUUCUUUAAUAUUCCAAUUUUAUGUUACUACAGUGACAUAAUUUUUUUCCUCAUAAUAUUGCGAGUUUAUUUUUGUGAAAUUGCAACUAUUUAAAAAAAUUAGAAUAUGGCUUUUUUUUCUCUAAAUAUUUUGUCUUUGUUUUUGUAAAAUGACAGCAGUUUUUUUUUUCAUUUCUGCUGUAGUUUUAUUUACAAUUUGCCAACUAUUUCAACUUUUUCUCUGUGAAUUUUCUCCUCAUAAUGUUUUGAUUUUAUUUUUGUAAAAUGACAGCAGUUUUUUUCCAUUUGUGGUUUAGUUUUAUUUUAAAUUUUCCAACUAUUUCAACUUUCUUUUUGGGCAUUUUCUUCUCAGAAUACUGACUUUAUUCCCACAAUGUUUUGACUUAAUUCCCAUAAUCUUAUAACUUUUUUCCCAAAAUUGACAACUUUAUUUUGUUUUGUUUGUUUCUCAUAAUUUUACGACUUAAAAUGACAUUUUUUCUUGAAUAGUCCAAUUCUAUGCUACCAAAAGGACAUUAUGUUUUCCUCAUAAUAUUGUGAGUUUCUUUUUGUAAAUUUGCAACUUUUUUCUUAUUAGAAUGCAAGUUUUUUCUCGAAAUAUUUUGACGUUAUUUUGGGAAAAUGACAGCAGUUCUUUUCAUUUCUGCUGUUUAUAUAUUGUUUCUAAUUUUCCAACUCUUUAAACUUCCUUUUUGUCAAUUUUCUUCGCGUGAUAUUAUGACUUUAUUCCCAUAAUCUCAUAUUUUUUUCCCCCAACCUAAUUUUCAAAAAUUACAACUUUAUUUGUUGUUUUGUUUGUUUCUUAUGACGGCGUAUUCAAUCACAUUGGAAAAAAACAAAUCUGAGAUUUCGAAAAUGAAGUUGUAAAUUUACGAGAAAAAAAGUUGUAACAUGACCUUUGCCCAAGGCCAAAGGUCACAUAAGUCCCCCUUUUUCAUAGCUGUCUCAGGCAAUGCCUUGCCCUUACGACGUUUUAAAUUUACGACUUUAGUCUGGUAAUAUGCUGACUUUUUUCUCAUAAGUUUGCGAUUUUAUUCUCAUAAAGUUAUAACUUUUUUCUCGUAAAUGUCAGCCUUUUUUUCUUGGAAAUUUACGACUUUAUUCUUGUAAAUUGACGGCUUUUUUUCUCACAACUUUUUUUUUGUAAAUUUAGGACUUUUUGGGGGGAAAUUUACAACUUUUUUCUCGUAAAUUUAGGACUUUUUUUCUCAUAAAUUUACGAUUUUAUUCUAUAAAUUUACAACUUUUUUUGUAAAUUUAGGAGUUUUUUUCUUGGAAAUUUACGAUUUUAUUCUGGUAAAUUAGCAACUUUUUUCUUGUAAAUUUAGGGCUUUUUGGGGGGAAAUUGUCUCGUAAACUCAGGACUUUUUUCUCACAACUUUCCGAUGUUAUUGUCAUAAAUUUACAACCCUUUUCUCGUAAAUUUAGGACUUUUUUUCUUGGAAAUUUACGACUUUAAUCUAUAAAUUUACAACUUUUUUUCGUAAAUUUAGGAGUUUUUUUCUCGUAAAUGUACGAUUUUAUUCUCGUAAACUUACAACUUUUUUUCUCGUAAAUUUAGGACUUUUUAUCUUGGAAAUUUACGACUUUAUUCUUAUCAAUUGACGACUUUUUUUCAACUACUUUAUUCUUAAAAUCUCCCCAAAAAACUGUUUGAAUGUGGCCCUAAUACUCAUCGUACGUUCUCAUAAUGUGUCAACUUACAGAAAUGAUGUCUUUAUUCUUAAUAUUUCAACUCUAUGCUGCUACAAGGACAUUGUUCCUCCACGUCAUUCUCAUAAAAUGAUGACUUUUUCUUGUCACAUUACGUUUUCCUCUUAAUAUUUUGACUUUGUUCUUCUGCCGAUUUUUCCGUUUUCGCUGUUGCUGUUGAUUUUAUUUUAUUAGUUAAAUUCUAUUUUUAGAAUGUGCCACGGGCCAAUAAAACAACAAAAAACAGCAGUGGCCUGCAAAUGGACCCCCCCUGAUAUAACGUACAAAAACCGCUAUGAUAUUUUGACUGUAAUCAUAAUAAAAGUGGUGUGGGAUCGUCGCGUGUGGGUAAUAUUCCAGGUGUGUGCGAAUGCAGGCGGUGCUCCACAAAUGCGGGCUGGGUGUUGGGAAGCCAGAUCACGUAUUCCGAACCCUGCGAGCCAAGCAGAAAUAGAUCCAAAAUAGUUGCAGGAUCACGUUCCACCUACGCAGUUGACCAGAAUAACUGCGGAUCAUAUCAUUUUCGGAGUGUGUGUGUGUGUGUGUGUGUGUGAGGGGGGCUGGGCACGCGUACGCAUUCACAAACACACACACACACACACACACACACACACACACAAAGCAUGUUUUUGCAUACGUAGCUGCCGUUGAAGGCUCAUCAGCAUCCUGAUGAAGGAAGAUGAAGUUGGGAAUCUCCACAAUGUUGUUCUAGUGAUUGUAGAAUAGAAUGUAUUUACUCAUAGAGUAAACUUGCUAGCAUAUAAACACACAGUACACACCAUACUGUACACGUAUGAUGGCCACGUGCACACACACCAUACUGUACACGUAUGAUGAUGAUGGCCACGUGCACACACACCAUACUGUACACGUAUGAUGAUGAUGGCCACGUGCACACACACACCAUACUGUACACGUAUGAUGGCCACGUGCACACACACACCAUACUGUACACGUAUGAUGAUGAUGGCCACGUGCACACACACACCAUACUGUACACGUAUGAUGGCCACGUGCACACACACCAUACUGUACACGUAUGAUGGCCACGUGCACACACACCAUACUGUACCUGUGUGAUGGCCACGUGCACACACACCAUACUGUACACGUAUGAUGAUGAUGGCCACGUGCACACACACCAUACUGUACACGUAUGAUGAUGAUGGCCACGUGCACACACACCAUACUGUACACGUAUGAUGGCCACGUGCACACACACCAUACUGUACACGUAUGAUGAUGAUGGCCACGUGCACACACACCAUACUGUACACGUAUGAUGGCCACGUGCACACACACCAUACUGUACCUGUAUGAUGAUGAUGGCCACGUGCACACACACACCAUACUGUACCUGUACGAUGGCCACGUGCACACACUAGACUAUACUGUAUACAUUUUUGGACAACUUGAAUUCUUUUGGGCGCAUCCGCUUUUCUUUGAAGUGUUUGGACAAACAAAUGUCCUUCUGGGUGUUUGAUGUAAAUAUUCCUUUUUUUAAGCUUUUGACAAACAUCAUUUUCUGAUGCUGCCUAUGAAGUUGUGAUGAUAAAGCGAUAUUUAAUCCCCGCCGGUGGAAAAGCGUGGAGCGCUGAGGGACGCCGUUCAUGAUUUGCUGUUUGGUAGCAAAAUGUUGACAGCGAAGAGAAGAUGGUUGGACGUGGUGUGUGUCCUUGGGAGUCAACAAUAAACCAGAGAAACAAGCCUGCGCUCUGUUUUCCUUGCUUUUAUCUUGCUCAUCACAAUAAGCAUAAAGAAAUAACACGUGCAAUUUAUGUCCUUAGUGAAAAUAAACAAUAAGCAUAAUAACAUUAAAUCAUUUUAAAAAUUGUUUGAAAUUCAAUAAUGAGUUUUUGAUAUUAUUGUAACUUAUUGUAAUAUUAUUGUUGUAAAUGAAAUUUAAAAUCAAUUCAAUAAAAUAAGAUUAAUAAUAAUAAAAUGACAUAAUUGGGGAGAAAAACACUUUUUAAAUUAAAUGAAGUGACUUUUUAAUAUGAUUAAUAUUAAUAUGUGCCUCUAGAGUCUGAUUGUAAUAAUAAUAAUAAUCAUAAGUAAGACAUGCAAUUUUUGUUGUGACAUUU